ACUAAAAAUACCAUUUUUUAAAAACUUAAAUUUUCAUAUCCGACCAUUGUUCUUUUCUUCAGCCACACAGCAAAUUAAAACAAACACAUUUCUCUCACUCCCAAAAUCCCAAUAAAAAAUAUUCAAUGAAUAAUUCCAGCAGUCUUGAAGAUGAUGAAUUCGAUGACGAGGGAGACGCCCCUUCUCUCUGCGAUUUCCCUCUAAAUCCCUGCGAGCCGGAUAGAAACAACGCUCAUCAUCAUCAGCGGUGGGAUUCAUUUGAGUUCUCGAACGAUCUCAGCUCACACAGCCUCUCUCACGCAGAGGACAUCAUACACUGCGGCAAGCUCAUGCCGUACAAACAGCAACUAUCUCUUCCCUCGCCACGACACCACCGCAAAUCGCUGCCGCCCCGAUCAAACAGCUAUGGAAACACGCAGAGUAGCCGCUCCUUGGAUCGGAAAAGCCUACGCCGGGAGGAGAAAUCGGCUUGGUGGAAGCCGAGGUGGUAUGAUUUGACAUUCGGCUCGGCCAAAUUUCCGCCGGAGAUGGAUCUCCGGGACAUGAAAAUCCGGCAAAUUCGCCGCGUCACGUUCUCGGCGGAGACAACUGGGGAAAACCGGGGAAGCUCUUGGGGUUGGGCCCAUGAUUUUCUGAGGGUGUUGAGCUGCAAAAACCAUCCCGGUAGUGUGGCGGUUACGGCAUCCAUAGCCACUUUUAAUUAGGUAAUUAUAGUAUUAAUGUUUUUGCAUUAUUUUUUAUCAUAUCAUUUACUACUAUAAUAUAAGAUCAUUAUGUAGUAGUCUGUAUCAUUUCAGUGAAAAUAAAUAAAUGAAUUUUCCA